CUUGGGAAAGCGGAAGUCUUUUAGAAGCUAUGGCUAACUGGAGGGAAGGAUUUUGAAGUUUGACAAGAUAACAAAUAAUAGACAAGUCUAAAUGCAAAAAAUGCCUUCUGAAUAAAUACCAGGACAUGUUUGCAUACAUAGUUACACGGGUAUUUAAAAAAUAAAAUGUUGUUUGGAGUAAGUUAGCGUAUCGCAAAAGUAUAUUUAUACGAGGCUUUAAGACGUCACGAAAUGUGGAAACUGAUCCCCGUGGAAGCUGGGGGAGAGUCAUACUAUCUUCUACCGGGCAAACAGUACGUGGUGGGUCGCAAGAACUGUGAAAUACUUCUGCAGAAUGACCAGUCCAUCAGCCGUAUUCACUCGCAUCUUGCAGUGAGUGCCCAGAACAGUAGCCAGAAUGAGCCCAUCGAGUUUACUGUGAAGGACGGCUCAAAAUAUGGCACUUUUGUGAACGAGGAACGUCUAGCCAAUGGCACACCAAAAGUUUUACAUUCUGGGGAUAGACUGACAUUUGGAGUCUUCCACAGCAAGUUCAGGGUGGAAUAUGAGCCCUUGGUGGUGUGUUCAUCUUGUGUGGACAAUGAGGGGAAGGCAGCCUUGUUGCAGAUCGUUCAGCUGCUGGGGGGCCAGUUGGUGAACAGCUGGAACCAGGACUGCACACACCUGGUCAUGUCUUCUGUGAAGGUCACCAUCAAGACGAUCUGCGCCCUCGUUUGCUGCCGUCCAAUAGUGAAGCCGGAGUACUUCAGUGAGCUCUGGAACGCCCUUCAGCAGAGACUUACCCCACCUACGGUUGACAGUUUUUACCCUGAAAUAGAUGAGCCUACUUUACGUAAAGAGGAUGUAGACCUCAGUGCCAGGCCUGAACGAAAAAGCCUAUUUCAUGGGAAGACAUUCAUUUUCCUCAAUGGCAAACAGCAAAAGCGCCUGAAUUCAGUUGUGGAUUUUGGAGGGGGGCGGAGCCAGCUGCUGGAGGAGGGGUCUUUGCCCCUUCCCACCCUGGAGUCAUCGGGAAGCUGCGUGGUUGACAUGGUGACCGGAAACUCCCAGGCCCUCUUGCCCACAGCCGCAAAGUGGAAUGACUCUGUGGCAGCAGUCCUGCGCAGGAAGGGCCUUCGAUUAAUCGCAGAGUCGGAGAUCGGCCUGGCCACCAUCUACAUCUCCACAGACAUGUACUGCAAUCCGCUGUCAAAGAUGGAAUCGGAAACGGCCAGAAGGAGGCCAUCGAUUCCCACUGCAACGCUGUCUCAGAGUGCGGCAGUGGAUGAAACCGUGCUGCCCGCCAUUUCACAAAACAUCACCGCCUACGCCCCCGACACUGAACCUCCACAGGAUACCAGCAGAAUGGGCACCGGCGGUCUGGGCGCUGUGGCCGAAACUCCAGAGAAGCGUCAGGGAUGGGCCAGGCCGCCCAGCAAGGCAGCCACAGCAAUGGCACCAUCCGGCAAAGGAGCCAGGGCGGAGGAACCGCACCUCACGUCCACCGUGGCAGAGACCAUGAUGUCAGCCAGCAGCACCCAGGCCGGUGCGACCUCCAUGGUCCGGGGAGACAAGCCUGCAGUGACGUCCCGGCUCAAAGGCGACAGCUCAACAGCUGCCAAACCGCUCCUUACUAAUGGGCACAAGAACACGUCCCCUGAGAAGCAGUCCAAUUCUCUCACUAACUACUUCCAGCCCAUCAGCAAAAAAAGAACACGGGAGGGGAGUGACCCCGCUGACGGUAGUGAAGCCAAGACCCCCAGGAGGGAAGCUGAGGAGGACAUCCCAGGGCUGAGAGAGUCCGUUCCCCAGCACAGUAACCCUGGGAGACCAACCCCACAGGCUGCCCCAGUGCCCAAACCCUGCUUCGCAACCCCUGUGCCAAGAGGGCCAAACAGUGGAGCGGGUCAAGGACCCAACUCAUACUCCUCGAAGGAGUCUCUGCAGACCCGUGCCUCUGUAGAGGCUGUCCAGAUGCCCCCCUCCAACAAGAGGAAGGAAAUGGCUUCACCUGACCCAGUGGAGGAGAUUGAAAUGGACGACCUGGAGUCUAUCAUGUCUCAGCCUAUGGAAGAGCAGGAUGUUCCUGCCACACCCAGUAAAAAACAAUGUUUGGAAACUGCAGUCGAGAUCAAGCAGGAAGAGGUGUCUUUUACAGAGGCCUCCAAACCAGAGGAAGGAAUGGCACUAAAACAGGAAAAGGAGGCUGAACACCAAGAAACUAAGGUGCCCAGAGCAUCCCACCAGGUUGAAAAUGGGGAGAACCUCCCCAAGAACCUUCUACUGGUAGAGUUUAAGUCCCUCAUCGUGAGCAACUCUGUGAGGUCCAGACCUGGUGCCCUUCAGCUCCGGGACGCCAACCAGAAGAACUUCAAAAGGUUCCGGAAGGCAUCCGUGCCCGGGGCCCAAGGUCUCCCCAAUAUCAUCGGAGGGUCGGACCUGGUGGUACACAACCGAGCGAAGAACUCUGAACUGGAGGAGUGGCUGAGGGAGGCAGCGGAGGACGACCAACAGAAUGAGAGGGAUGAAGCACUUGGAGAUGAUCUCUUCAGAUACAAUCCCAAACCUUCCAAGAGAAGAUGAAGGAAUGAAAGCUUCACUUAAAUCUGCUGAAGUGAAGUCGCUUUGUAAUGCAGUAAAAUUUCUGUUUCAAACGUUGUCUUGUCUCAUAUCGCCUUCAUUGCUAGCAUGAUUUGCAUCAUUGAGCCUGCACCAUGCAAUGCAUUUUUUUUUCCAAAAAUGUAUGUUGCUAAUUUAUGUUGUGUGUGGCUGAUUUCACUUUUUUCCUUUCUCUUCCUUAAUGGGCCCAUAUAAUUUUGCCUGAAGUGUCACUGUUGGCAACUAAGGUAGUACAAUGCGUAUGUGCAUACAAAAACUGGUAAAUAAAUCAAGUUUUUUAAAUCUUUUAUUUGUUCAUAAUAAAAAAGUACUGUUUACAAAACAUUGGGAGUUUUUUUUAUGUGAAAGAGGAGUCUCGUUUUCAUAUCGCAAGCCUCUUCUUGAACAGACAGCAAAAUUAUCAUUGCUACCCAACAGGUGAACUUAAUGAUUACUAUCUGAUAUUAUUUCAAAUGGCCAUUUCUACAUACACCAAUAUAUUUCCUCUUGCCUGUAUAGUCUCUCAUGUAUUACAUUUUCACUGUAUACAGUAGGUUUGAUUCCCCGAUCCUACCAUCUUUCUCUCGACAUGUCUUUGUUGUCUAUGUAAAUAGCAUGGUCAAGUCACUGAAAAUGCAAUAACGCCAUGCAAGGUGCAUAAGAGGAUGCACAAUAUUACCAAGUGGUACACAAUGUCUGUAAUUUAAAUAAACUCAUUUGUAAGUCA